UUGAAAAUGUUGCGUGUUGGUCGCUACUUGGUGGGCACUUGGCUGCUAAUCGUAUUGGCACUAUUGUCGUCGUCGGUACAGUCGGCCCCCGCUAACGGUGUCGGACGGAUUGUGGGCGGCGAGGAUGCCACCAAGGGUCAGUUUCCGCAUCAGAUUUCGCUGAGGAAUGGCGGUUCUCACAGCUGUGGCGGUUCGAUUCUCUCCAAGAACUUCAUCCUGACGGCCGCCCAUUGUGUCACGAACGAGAACGCGAAUGGAGAGCAUAUACCCGUGGAUGUCGACCGGCUGUCCAUUCGGGCGGGCUCCAACGAUCGGUUCAGUGGCGGCCAGCUCAUCCAAGUGGCGGAGAUCAUCGUUCACGAGAGCUACGGUGACUUUCUCAACGACAUUGCCCUGCUGAAGCUGGAGAGCCCCCUGAUCUUCUCCAGCAACAUCCAGCCCAUAGCCAUAGCCACCCAGAAUACGCCGGCGGACGCGGACAUUAUCAUUUCCGGAUGGGGAAGGCUCAAGCACAUGGGCGACUUGCCUCGGUAUCUGCAGUACAAUACCCUCAAGUCGAUUUCGCCGGAACGGUGCGAGGAGCUGAUCGAAUUUGGAUUCGAGGGCGAACUCUGUCUCAUUCAUGAGGUGGACAAUGGAGCCUGCAACGGCGACUCCGGCGGACCGGCCAUCUACAAUAACGAGGUGGUGGGCAUUGCCGGAUUUGUGGUAGGAGGAUGCGGUUCCUCAUAUCCCGAUGGCUAUGCCAGGGUCUACUACUUCAGGGAUUGGAUCAAGCAGCACUCGGAUAUCUGAGUUGGAAUUACUAGAAAAUAAUUUUCCUUUUUUUUUUGUGAAUUUUUAAUAAA